AUGUUUCGGGUGUUGACCAUAGCUUAUCGCACAACAGCACUGCGGACACAACGAUUGAGCCUUAGAUCAAUCACACGGUUGCCUGCAAUCCGAAUCUAUCUCAUCGCAGUCUACUUCUGGGGCAUGUGUUUCAUCAUAGCUGUCGCUACCCUCCGAUUCGGUUACCAGAUUGGGAGCGACAACGCCUGCUUUGCAUCAAUUAUCCUUUGCCUGGUGUUCUAUGUGGUCGACAAAAUCAUCUUAUAUCUCUUCCUUAUCGAGCGUAUCCACAUCGUUCGGUCUAGGAGGUACACCCGUCUCACCGAUAACUGGUAUGUGGUGAAUAUUGCGAUACUCGUACUUGGGUUUGGGUCAAUCGCUGUUUUGUCCUUCAUAUUCCCAGUUGCAGAGCUCUCUGACGGCCAAUGUCGCAUUGGACUGCCCUUCAAAAUCACUCUACCACUUCUGAUCUACGACAUCACCAUCAAUCUUUACCUUACGGGUCAUUUUCUGCACUUUUCUCGGCCAGGAUUAGCUAGCGCCACCUUCAGACGUCUACCGUUCGUUCCGACCACCCCGGUCAGCAGCGAUGUCACCUACAGCCAUGUCACAAGACUCGAGGACGGUGGGCAAGACAACUUGAGGAAUCUUGCCAAGAGAACACUUCGUGGAAUGUGCAUCAUGUUGUUAGCCACAACUAUCAAUCUUUCCAUUUUGUUCUACAUGAGUGGUCGCGAGCAGGAAUGGAUGUGUUUCAUGUUUUGCACUUUAGAUGGUAUGAAUAUCUAUCCGUCGCCAUUUCCAAAUGAAACCAUGCUCAUGAUGAGAAAAGUGACGAUUGGAAUACUUGCUCUACACUACGUGACGAACCACCCUUCCGAGAAACAACUCGGCAUGAAGAAUUCUUGCUCUGCACUUCGGCACUAUGACCCUUGGAGUCCUCAAAACGCUGGCCGGCAGGAGUUCCCUUCAAGCGCCGGAAUGAGAGGUCCCGUUCGGACCAUGGUCAGCACUGGUAGUCAGCAUGAUCGGGAAGAAAUCAUUACUGCCCCUGACCGAAUCUUCAUUUCUACCACGUACGAGGUAUUCUUCUUUGCCCUUGGAAUCCAGCUUUCCUGA